UCUACGAGUUCACAUAGAAUCUCAAUUGGUGCAACGAGAAGCAUCAAUUCCCUCCUCCCGGAACGGGUUGGAACUGGCAACCUCCGUGCUGGAUGUCAUCGACCUCUUCCCUGAGAUCCGACAAUAGACAUUGAAGCGUCUCUCGUCCUUACCAUCCGCCUCGAUCGUCUCUCUCUCAUCUAUCACUCGAUGCCUGGCACCAAAAGUUUAAACAGACAGUCCUCCACUCUUCCCUACCUCCUCCCAGCCGGAAAGUCGAUAUUCGAAAGACAAAACCUCAAGGGCGCUGCUGCUCGACGCAAGGAUUACAUACUUUGGCAUCUUCGACGUACGCAAGCAGAAUCACAGACCAUGUCGUCUCCCACCCCGUCUACCGAAGUCCAUACCGCCGGCCAAUCUCAGCCUCCCCCCAUCCCGCCCGCGGUUCUAGAUCUACCGCUCUUCGCCGUGUGGGGAGACGUCGGCUGGUUACUUACGCAAUGGAUCGUCAAAUCUGACGGAGGUCUCAGAGCCGUGAUACUUACAAAUCACGAUAAUCUACGGGACGCGGUCCAAACGCUCAUAGGGAAGUUGGCGGAGCAAUGCCCGACGAAACCCUCGACUCGCACGUUGUUCUACUCUAAAACGGAAGUCGCUUUCAAAGCCCGUGACUACGCCUACAAUCCUUUCGAGGAGAUCAUGGAUAAAAAAGAGCUAUCUUCUGGAAAAGUCGACAACUGCCUCUUCGCCCAAACGCCUGAGAGCCUCGACACUCAAUUUGCCCAUCCCAGCUUCACCAUCUUGAUCGUCGAAAUCAAAGCUCCCGACACCGAAGCCGACGAAAUCACUCCAGCGAAAGCACUUGAAGUUGACGCACAGAUCAGAGGGAGAGCCAAUGCAGCUCAGGACAAUGGGGUCAUGAAUCAGCAUCUGUACCUGAUUGGUUGGGUAGGGUGUUGGUUCCGGCCCUACUGCUGGCUGCAAGCGGAGAGUGAUGAAGCGGAGGUCAAGUAUGAGCCGAAUCGAAACCUCGGGGUGAUGCGUCCUAGUAAGAUCUCCGAGUGCAUGUUUCUGGUAUCGAGAUUACUGACUCGACCAUCACAGGCAAUGCCGAUCUGCGCUACAGCCCCACUCGCGUCACUGAAGGUCCUCAGACUUCUCUGUGGCGGGAUAUAAGGGAACCGGAUGGCAAGAAGUUGUUACAGCAGGUGAGCCCAUCCGUUUCCCCGUUUGCGCUUCGAAGCUAAUGUAUAUCAUAGGUCAUCAUGGAUGCAAUGAGUGCUUGUGAUGGCAGGGGACCAGCCUAUCCAGAGAUGUACGGGGAGGCAUGUCAGACUGUUUCUCAAAUGCAGUACAGGUAUGAGUCCCCGUCUUCCGAAGAAGGAGGGGAAGGGGAUUCU